UGCAGUUGGCCGUGAGCAGUCGGGAGAAGGUCUAAACCCUGGAAAAUCAUGGACAUUGCCUGUUGACCCAGAAGAUCCAGAACUACAAUGCUGACUUUACCGUUCGAUGAACCGGUGAUGAUGGACGCUCAGUUCGUGGCCAACUUUUCUCAGGACUGCGUGGGAGAUGCUAAAGUCACCAAGAACGACACGUUUAAAAAAGAUGAUCCAAUCUUGCACAGGGAUUUUAAGGAGAUGGACGACGACGAGUCGGAGAAGGACGAAGACGACAGGGAUGAGGGGAUUGACGAGCAUGGAGCGGCGCGCCGGAGAGGCCCGCGCAAAAAGAAACUCACCAAAGAGCGCUUCGACCGGGUAAAGGUGCGGCGUAUGGAGGCCAACGCCCGUGAGCGCAGCCGCAUGCACGGCCUGAACAACGCGCUGGACAGUCUGCGCAAAGUCGUACCGUGCUACUCCAAAACGCAGAAACUGUCCAAGAUCGAGACGCUGCGCCUCGCCAAGAACUAUAUCUGGGCUCUGUCGGAGAUCCUGAGCACGGGCAAGAGACCUGACCUUUUGAGCUUUGUGCAAACUCUGUGUAAAGGCCUUUCUCAGCCUACGACUAACCUAGUGGCGGGAUGCCUGCAGCUCAAUGCGCGCAGUUUUAUUCCCGAUCACGGCGCCGAAACGUCCUAUUCAACCAGGUCGCCCUAUGAUGCUGUGUAUCCGGCCUACCACGAUGACCUGGCAUCAUCUGGACACGCCGGGAGUGGCAGCGGUGGUGGAAGUGGUGGAGCGGAGAGCAUCAAGCCUUUCAGGCCAUACGGCUACUGCGCCGCCUACGAGUCAUUUUACGAGUCCGCAUCUCCUGAGUGCGGAAGUCCGCAGUUUGACGGGCCGGUCAGCCCGCCGCUGAACAUCAACGGGAUUUUCUCUCUGAAACACGAAGAGCCGGGGGACUAUGGGAAGAGCUGCCAUUACGGGAUGCGCUAUUGCGCAGUGCCGGGCCGCUCCUCGCUCAGCCAGAGCGCAGUGCGCACAUCCUCCGACCUUCACUUCCCAUAUGAUCUCCACCUGCGCAGCCAGUUCUACCCUCCACAAGACGAACUCAAUGCCACUUUUCAUAAUUAGUGCUGGGGGCAGCUGAACUUGAACCCAGUAAAACACGUUUUCGGGGUAAUUAAGCUCCUGAAAACGAACUUACACCCACAACAUGUAUUAUUUACAACGCGCUCCAUUAGGACCUCUUUGGUUGUAGGCUAACUGAUGUUUAAUGUAUUUGAGUUA